AUGUCCGAUUGCGAUAAGUCUAAGCAUCUCAAGGUAGCGGUUACUCAAGCCGAGCCCGAGUGGCUGGACCUCGCUGGCAGCGUUAACAAAACCUGUAGCCUCAUCAACGAGGCUACAGAAAAUGGCGCCAGGCUUGUUGCGUUUCCUGAAUGCUGGAUUCUUGGGUACCCUGGUUGGAUCUGGCAAAGGCCCGUCGACCCUUACAUUGAGAAUUCUCUCAAGGUGGACUCAGAUGAGAUGAGAACUAUCCAAGCUUGCGCAAAAUCGAAUUCAAUCGCAAUUUCUCUUGGGUUCUCAGGACGGACAGAGUCAAACUCCCUCUACAUUUAUCAGGUUAUCAUCAACCCUGAGGGCGAAAUUGCUACAGGUUUGUUGUUCCAAGAACCUGGCGGUGGCCACAGCGCCGUGUAUGGACCCGAUGGAAGGAGGUUGACGAAGCCUCUGGCUAAUGGAGAUGCGACGGCCGAGGGGAUUGUUUAUACUGAGCUGGACUUGAGGGUCAUUGUCACUAACAGAUCUUUCCUUGAUGUGGUUGGUCAUUGUAGUCGGCCUGACCUUCUGUGGCUUGGUGUUGAUAAGAAGCAAAAAGACAUUGUGGUCUCAACCGACAAACAUGAGGGCGCGUAA